AUGAAUAAAAAAGUGCACGAUAUGGACAAAAAAAAAGGGAAAAAGAAACAGCAGAAGGAUGUAAGAAGUUACGACUUCAAGAAAACGGGAAAGAUUUUCAAAUACAAGAAGAACGAUUUAAAGAAAAGGAGCUUCGGCGUAAAUAAGAAUUGGACAAAUAAAAUUAACAAUACGUACCGAAGAGAAGAAAAAAAAGGGAGUAGAAAACCAUUUAAUAGUAACAACCAUGGAACAGGCAAUUAUUCCAAUGGAGGGUGGAGUUCAUCUACCCCUCCAAUGAACAAUAGGAAACCUGCAUGUGAUUUUGAGAACCUGGUUAACGAUGUUGCGGAAAAUAAAAUAAGUUUAAAAAAAACUGAGGAACAUUUUAUUGCCAACUUGAAGAAGAUAUACAGUGUAAACCACUCCUGGUUUUCCCUAAAAAAAAGCAUGGAACACAUUGUAUCGAAAUAUGUUUUGAAAAAAAAGAAAAAAAAUCUCCAUUACGAUGAUGUAAAUUUCUAUUUGAAGAAGAUGCGGAGAAGACAGAAAAAAAAGGGAAAGGACACAGAAAAUGAAAAUGAGGAAGAAGCUCUUGCUGGUGAGAACGACGAGCAGAAGUACCACCAACAGGCAAGGACACAAAAUAAAUUACUUUUCCUAACCCCGGAGGAUAUGAUCUUCCAACAUGAUGAGGAGACCAAAGAAAUUGUACUAAACAGCAAAAUGUGGAAAAGUAAAAUAAAGCAUCUAUUAAAAAGGAAAAUAUCCGCCUGUGAGGAAAGGAAAGAUGCUGCUAGUCCUGAUGAGGAUGAUUUUACAGACAAAUCCCGAACGAUCGAUUAUUCAGAUGUGCCAGUUUAUCUGCGUCGGUUGUACGAACUUGGAAACGAGUACAGGGAUAGCGACAACCCCAGCAAUCACCACCAUCGAACAAGCAAAAUAAAAUUAAAACUACUGCUAAAGAGGAAAGUAAACAUGAGCAGCGUGUACAACUUGCUUUACGAUAUUGGCCUAAAUUUAAUGUGUGAAUACUACAAGAUUUAUGUGGACAAAUAUUCAGAAGAUGAAGAAAAAAUCCACCUAGAAAUUAUACACAACAAGAGCAAUGUCUUCACAGAUCGAAUUAACAACAUGGUUGUGUUAUUUAAGAAGAAUCCACUAGUGUACAUCCUGUAUGUAAAGAUUUUGCUAGAUUAUUAUAAUAAGAGGGAAGACAUAUUUAUAAGGAAAUCCAUUUUGGAGUGCCUAAAACAUGUGUUCAUGUUCGUUUUGCCAAAUGAGGGAUUGGAAACAUUGGAAGAGAAUAAUAACAGAGAAGUUGUAAACUACAUUUUAAAUGUCUUAUUUAACCGAUUCAAUUUUAAGGAUUAUAAUUUCUCAUCUUUUUAUUUCUUCCUAAAUUCGUUACUGUAUAUAUAUGCGCUAGAGAAUUUCACGAAGAAGCUAUUCCUACAGUACAUAUUUAUUUUGAAGAAUGCAAUGUACAGCUCAAUACCCAGUCUUUUUUACGUAUCAGUAAAUAAUAUAAAAGAUUUUUGUUUAAAAAGGAGGGAGAAUAAAUUUGCAAAUCUGAACAUACUUCUCGAGGGGUACUUAUCCAUUAAAAAGGGAAAUCCCCUUCUUCUAAAUAUUCUUAAAAAUAUUAUAACCAUAGAAGGCAUGCAACACUAUAUCGUUUUUUACCUCUUCGAACAAGUGUUAUCCAACUUAAGAUACUGCGUUGAGCAAAUCGUACAGUCCUUAAAAAAUGGAGACAAGGAAAAUGUUUUAAAUAAAAAGUUGAAGAAGGAAAUUCUCAACAUGAAGAGGUCAUUAUUCAUUCUAUACAAAAUUAAGAGCCACUCUUUUAAUGACAUCACAGAAAAUAUCAUUUAUUUUGCUACCUACAUUUUUGAGAUGUUUUCGAAGAAUGUUUUCGAACUUUUCGAGAAGAGAAAUAUCCUCCUGAAAGAAUGGAGCAUAGAUAAAAUGAGCUACAUUAAAUAUACCUCUCUGGAGGAGGAAAGUUGCGAAAGUGGGAAAGAUCCAAAGGGUGACUUGAGAUGCGCUGGUGGUGACAACCUGGGAGAUAACCAAUCAGUGUAUGAUAUUGGCCAAGUGUCAUCCCCGAACAUAUGCCAAACGAUCCAACUUGAAAAGGUUCCAAGAAAUGGCGAAAUCUCCACCAAAGAGGAAGAGUCCAACUGCAGCAAUGGAAGCACGACCAAGCUUGUAGGUAUACCUAGCAACAGUCAGUCCGUGCGUAGCGAUAAUUCCUCGGCCAUGGGGGGAAGUACUAAAGAGACGAAUGUGAUAAACGGGGAGGAAUUCCAGGAAGGAAGUGAAGAGACCCUUGCAGGGGGGGACAAAGAAGGGAAGGAAGUUCAAACAGGAGUACAAAAUGGUGCCCCAAAUGAAUCCCAAUGUGCAUCCACAAAUAAACACCCCCGCGGGAACAAACACCUUGAGCGUCAUAAAAAAACGGCGGACGAUUCCACCUUCCACAAGCACUGCCUGUACGGAUACCUGAGCAAAACAAUUCUGAAGGUGCUCUCCAGUAUCCUGGUGAACAACAUCUACUUCAUCAUUUACAACAGGUGCAUUAUGUUGAAAAGUCAGAACAACACCGGAGGAGGAGGACGAAACGAUAAAGCACCAGAGGAGAAGUACCUGCACAGCUUAAACAUUCUCUCCCUGUUAAAAAUAAUAAAAAGUGUGAAUUCCUACAAAAUAAAAAUUAAUUUCCUCAUCAUCAUGUUCCUCCUUCUGUAUUCAUCAAAUCAAAUAGACGAUAAUAUCUACUGCUAUUUUUACAGCAUCUUAAAAAAUAUAAAUUAUUACGAAAGUGAUCAUACGUAUAAUUUCUACGGACUACUAACAGCACUAAUACUUACAGACAGAAAUUUAAUCAGAAAUGUUAGCUUCAUAAAACGAAUUUUUCAAUAUAGUAUUCAUGCGAAGGAAUCGUGGACCCAUUUAUUCUCCCUGCUGAUGAUACGUUACUUAGUUUUAAAAAAAAACACCCUCAUGAAUUUUUUGUUUAAUGAUGAAAAUAGUUUAUAUGGACAGAACUUGGAUAGUGUCAAAAAUGCCUACAUGGUGAAGUUUAACAAAUACCACAAAGGGGGAAAAAAUCCAGUCAUCAAUGAUGAGAUGUUUCUUUACAAUAAGUCAGUAAAUAAUCCUCUGGAUGCCAAUUCAAUACUAACCCAUUUUUAUGAGUUCUACAAUUUUUCCUCCUUACUGAACGACAAUUUUAAGAAUAUGCUCUUCGAAUUUAGGAACAUCAGAAUUUUUAAUUAUAAUUUUAUUCAGAUGAACAAUUUUAGUGCGCAUAAAAGUAGCUUCGCGAAUAAUGGGUUCUUCCGUAAUAGACCCCAUUUCGGCGAACCAGGGCAGAGAAACGGGCCACUUGCUAACGGUACUAUCGCGAAUGCAGACAAACCAGACUCGAAUGAGGGCUGUUCCUCUGAAAACCUCUACUCCAAGGGGGAAAACCAAGAAGAAAAGAAGGCUCCUCUUCAAAACGGCAAUCACAACAAUGAUGGUGAUGAUGACGACGAUAUAGUAAUGAACGUCAGGACCAAUCGGCAGUGGAGGAGGAACACACAAAUGAGUGGUGUCACGAACUGUUUACCCCCCAGCGUGCCCCCUCCGAUCCCCCCACCACCACCACCACCAAGCACAAACGAAACGACCAUUAACAACAAAGCUGGUAAUUGGUCCCAAUUCACCGCGAAGCAACGUCCUCCAGAACCACCCCCAAGUUCACAUGAUUCAUCUAUUACUGCACCACAUAUGUACCGUUACGAAACGAAGGACGUCAUUAACAUCCUGGAUAAACUAUCCAUAGAAUAUAAAAGCGCCCAAGAACAAGUGAAUAUGCUCAAUAUUUUUAACAAUUUUAUGCAUGACUCCUGCAUCAAUGAGAAAAGAGAAAAUAACGAUAAAGGGAAAAAGCAGGAAAGGUUUAAAUUAAUUAACAACCCAUACCAGAAAUAUUUCUACGAUAUUCUGAACAUGUAUAAUAACAAUAGUUUUAAAAAAUUUAAGGACAAGUAUCAAAUUAGAACAAAGAAGGGAGGCGAUGAUGUGAGUGGUGCUCGGGGAACUUCCGAAGAUGACGAUGAGGGUACGGAGUCAGUCCUGGAUGAGGAACAGGAGGAAGACGAAUUCCUCGAUAAUUUCAUACACAAAAAUUUUGACAUAGGCAAAGACCUCGACGAUGAUGUAUUUCUUUCUGACCAGAAGAAAACAAAAAAAAAAAGGAAAAAAAGUGAACAAGAUAAUUUUUCCAAGGACAAAAAUUUAAAGAAUAUUUCCAAAAAGAAAAAGGAGCAACAAGCUGACGCUCUUACGGAUGAUGUGAUGGAAUUUUCAGAUUUCGCCAAGCUGAAAAGGAAGAAGAAAAAAAAGGGUGAAUAA